AUGAGCACUAAGGAGGUUCCAACACUGACUCUCGCCGGCGCGCGCGUCGCGCUCGAAGCUGCAGAGGCACGAGCCAAAGAAAUCAAUGUCCCGAUGAACAUUGCCAUUGUGGACAACGCCUGCCAUCUUCUCGCAUUCGCACGCAUGGAAGGCGCUAAAUUCACCUCAAUCAACACUGCUAUCGACAAGGCCUUUACCGCGGCUGGUCAUCGCGCUCCAACUUCCAUCUACAAAGACGUCGUCUGGCCUGGUGGACCCGCUUUCGGAAUCAACCACAGCAACGGAGGCCGGUUUAUGACGAUUGCGGGUGGAGUUCCGAUCAAGAAAGAUGGAGCUGUUGUUGGAGCUAUAGGAUGUAGCACUGGGACGCCGAGUCAAGACGAGGAUGUCGCGAGUAAGGGAGUGGAGGCUGUGGAGAAGAGCUUCAGGGUUCAGGCUAAACUUUGA